AUGUGCGAGUGCAAUGAUUGGCAAACACAACCUGAGCUCUACGACUGGCCUAGCUUGAGCUGGACCAUGUCGCGGUCGCGUCAGUCUACAUCGGGAGCUUCAGGAGGCAUGCCUUCGGAUCUCGUCGUCCAGCCACCGCCUGGAAGUAACAGCGAGAAAGAGGAGAAUGAGAAGAAGAAACUGUACUAA